GACUCCUCGACUGAAGACCCGAUCUCCCCGAAGAGAAAGAUGCGCCGCCGCUCCAGCUGCAGCUCCGAACCCAACACGCCAAAGAGUGCCAACAGGGAGGGUGAAAUCUUCACCUUCGAUAAGCCUGCUGCCCAGGGGUCGGAUGCCGAUGAUGUGUUGGCCGAUCUGGAGUUUGACAAGGUGCCGUACUCGUCUCUCAGAAGGACACUAGACCAGAGGCGGGCACUGGUCAUGCAGCUGUUCCAUGAACAUGGAUUCUUCCCGUCAGCCCAUGCCACAGCAAGUUUCCAGACCCGGUACUCUGAUAUUUUCCCCACCAAGGUCUGCCUGCAGCUGAAGAUUCGGGAAGUGAGGCAGAAGAUCAUGCAGACAGCGACCCCGAACGAGCAACCGCAGAGCUCUCUGUUUGUGCCGACCUCUCCUCCAGGCCAGCCGUGCCCGGACACCAGGCCCGAUGACGAGGGAGAGCUGGCAGAGGAAGCGGAGAGGCCAGAGCCAACUCCAGGAGAGAGUCCUGAGCCUGGCAGUAGCACCAGGUGAUGGCAGAGGCCUGGCAGCUGGCACAGCACGGCACACCUUUUAUAUGUAAAGACCGUCCGAGAGCAAACCAAACAGAGCCUGCUUCCCCCCCUACCUCCACCCGUCCAGGAGCGAUGUGUCAGCCUGGUAACGAGACCCCUGUGAGUGGGGGUGAGGGGGUGCGAUCAGAUGGGGCAAGGCGCCCACUGCCCUAACGUGGGGCCCAUUUUGGAGCGGUCUGCCUGAAGACCACCCCCUCCCCACCCCACCUCAUGACGCUCUCCGUGUGUGUGCGUGUGUGCGUGUGUGUGUGUGUGUGUCUGCCGAUGGUGGGGGAUGGCAAAAGGUGCCGGGGUCGGUGGGGGUGGAUUGCAGGCUUUGUAAUCGCUCUGUCGCUUUACGUCAGGGACCGCACACACCGCGCUCCUGCACACACCAGACAGAAUCGAUCAAUCCGAGGAGAUCUGUCCUUCAUCCGCCUCCCUUCUCCCCCCCCACCCCUCCAGCUCACCCUGUCCGAGAGGGUGUGGGCCUGGGUGGUGGGGGGGGAGCAUAGACUGCUUUCUGUUUGUCUCCAACCGCGGUUGUUUUUAUCAGAACUAAUUGUAUUGGGAGCUCUGUACAGAUUCCAAACCAUGUUAUUGAUUCCAGCUAAGCCUGCCCUACCACUCCCCACCCUGCUAAUCCCUCUGUUACAACUCUCUCUCUCUUUCUGCUUUAAAUCUCCCUUCCCUCCCUCUGUCACCAUGUCUCUCCAUGUACUCUUCCCUCCUUCUGUCUCUGUCUCCCACUCUCUCCUCCAGCACUUCUCCAUGCCCUCUGCUUGGGUCACUUCCACUAUGCGCUGUUCCUGUCUCUCCCUCCCUCACCCUCCCCCUGUUCUCUCCUCAUACACCCCCUGCGGCGAAAUCUUGUGCUAAAGCAUUCUGUACAGAAGAUGUAAAGUUGCUUUGUAUUAUAGAUUGAAGGUGCCCCUGAGGGGUGCCAUCUCUGAAUUGUGAAAA